AUGCGUGGUAGUAUUACUACUACAACAGUAGAAGAAGGCAGCGGAGAAGAAAUUCAAUCAACAACAACACCAGUGUUUGUGAUAUCAACGACAACAACCAUAAAAACAAGUCAAACGACAACGGUUAGUUGUCAUGAAUGUACUGGCCAUUAUUCCGGAUGCGGAACUUCUCCACAUACGAUUAUAAACAAUUGUCGAAUGUGUAUGGUCUAUAAAAACGUGUGGGAUGGAAACACGAUCGUUCGACGUUGUUGCUAUAGUAAUUGUGGACCGGCAAAUACGGUGAAACAAUACGAAGGUCGACAAACGUAUUUUUGCGCAUCUAAUCUCUGUAAUGGUAUAGGUUCCGAAAAUACACUUCCCUCGACAAGAGGUCUAUUAUUAGCAGAUGAUUCACUACCGAGCAAUUGA